UUCAAUUAGUUUUCGGUGAAAUCCCAAAACAUGUCGCUGUUCAAUGUGUGCAGCUGGUGGACUGCCCAAUGUGGCGACACCACUGGCGACUACGAUGUGGCCAGUUUGCUGUGCACGCGUUUCGGAUUGGAGGCACAGGAGAAGGACUACAUAAUUGUAGGCUCGCAGUCCGGACAGCUGAGCAUUUACUAUCCACAUGCAAAUGAGUUUGAUGCCACCGAUUUGUUGCUGGAAACACAGCUGGCGGCGCCCAUCCUCGGUCUCUAUGCGGGAAAAUUCAGCGGCAAUGUGCGCAAUGAGAAUAUCAAUCAGCUGGGCGUGUUGCUGCCCAAUGCCAUUGCCAUCUACAAUGUGCAGACCAUCAGCGGACUGGCCGAGUAUGGCGCUCAGCUGAAGCUGCAGCUGCAGGCGGAGCACAAGUUUCAGCGCGUCGCCUUCUCCAUGUGCCAGGGACACUUUGGACAGGUGAAAGGACGCGAGUUCUUCUGCGUGGUGCAUUUGGAUGGCACGUUGACCUUCUAUGAACAGGAUGGCAUCUCGUAUGAGUGCCGCUUUCCCGGCCAACGCAGCUUGCCUGCUCCUGUUGUCUACUGCGAGCGCACCGAUAGCUUCUUUAGGUUCAGCGCCACGUGGCAUUUGCAGUGCUAUAGCUAUCAGGAUCUGUCCCAUUCGCUGGUCACCAAGAGCAGCUAUCAGCCCAUUUGGUCGCAGUGCAUUGGCGAGGGUAUUCUCGACAUGCGUGUAAUUCAGCUGAAAGAGACUUGUUCCUAUAUAAUGAUCCUUGGCGAGCGUAACUUUAUAUCCCUGGACGACAAUGGCAAAAUCAAUUUUAUUCUCAAGUUAGACUAUGCGCCCAAGUGCUUCUCCAGCUUUGUAGUAGGCUACUACUGGGAGCCUGGUGCACGUCUCAUCACCGCCAUUGUGUCGGAUUCGGCCAAGUUGCAUAUCUACGAGGAGGCGAAUAUUAUUUGGGCAGCGCAGUGGCAACAACCAUCUCCAGUGGCUAUUCAACGCUCCAAUGUGCAGUCGAUAGCGGGCAGCAUUGUCACCUUGUCCGCUACGGGGCAACUGACCGUAGGUUAUCUGGGUGCACAGCCUUAUCAGUUUCAGGUGCAGCCACUGCAUCAGGAGGAACUGAGCUUUGCUCAGGCGCACAAACAACUGCAGCAGCUGGAGGAUGAGAUCAAAGAGUCAGUGGACAUACGUGACAUGGAUGCUCUAAACCAACAGGCAGCGGAUCAGGUGCGUCUUAGCUUUAGCAUACAGCCGGAGAUCUGCGAUGAUCUGGACACACUUCUGUUGGAUGUGCCCGCCGAUGUAGCCGUCAAAGAGCUGCCCUCGGCCAAGGGUUUCCUGAAGCUCAAGGUUAAGACUGAGCUGGCAGAGCUGCAGCUGGUGAUACAGACGCCCAGUGGAGUACGUUGCAGCCAGGACACGCUCAGUCUGGUGGAUGUGCCAGCGGGCACAAGUCGCGAAAUAUCGCUAGACUUUUACAUGGCCGAGUUGCUGCAUGUGCACAGCACACGCGUUGAGGUCUUUGUGUCGUUUCUGAGCACUCGGGGCAUUCCGCGGGUGAUACAGCAAAGUGCCUACUUGCCGCUCUCCAUGUUCUAUCGCAGCUGCCAGCCACAAAAGGCGGCGGGCAUUAAGCUCACUUACACUAUCACCAGCAAGCAUGUGCCGCCCAAGCUCAACACCUUCUUUGGCGAGUUUUUGGAGGCGGAGAGCGAUACACAUGCCUUGGGCCUGCAGCUGCUGUGCCCUGGUCUGGAGAAGUUAACUGAAGUCAUCACUGUGGUGGCGGCCAAGAAUUCGAAUCGAUUGAGAAUACAAUCGGAUCAUGUGGAGACGUUUGCCAUGAUACUGGAGCGCAUUGUGGAGACCACUUUGCAGUUGGACAGCGCGGCGGGAUUGCUUAAAAUGCACAAGAAGAAGCCGAAACGUGGCGUUCUCAAUCGCUGCGUGGAGCGCAUCAUUACGGCGCCUUUUAUACCCAUUCAACCCAUACUUCAUCGUGCCGAUGUCCACUACGAGACGCAGCAGAACAUACGCAAACAAACGGAACAACUGGAGGUUCUAUGGCAACAGUUCAAGACCCUGCAGCGAGAACUGCAGGAGCAGUCGGAGAGCGAGCCCAAAGAGACACUCACCAUGCAGAUUGAGGCGAACUACGACCACCUGAUACUGGAAGGCGAUAAACUGGUCGAAAUACGCCGCGACGAGCAGAGGCAACGCGGCGACCUCAACUGCGCCGUAGCAUUAGCCAAAUGGAUAAUUCAUGCAUUGAACCUGGAGGAGCGUGUCGUGAAUGUUGUGAACUCUGUACUCAGCGUACCCGUCGAGGACUGGACUGAAUUGAGCUGGGAAGAAUCGAUGGCACCUGGCAUCGAUAUGCUACACCAUUUUGGGCCGCUGAUGCGCUCCAAAUCGACGUCGACGCACGGUUUGUUGGACGGCAACAGCACAAAGGACAUAUUCGAUUACGGUCGCUUUAGACGGCACUUUGCCACACUCUUCGAUCGCAUUGUGCGUCUGGCCUCAUCCACAGCCGAGUCCGAGGCGAAUGCACAGCAAACAGCUGCGAUGGAGCAGCCAACAAGUGAUUCAACACAACAACCAACUCAACAGCAGCAGCAGCAGGUUGAUGAAAUUGGCAGCAUGCAACGCAUGUUGGGCAACGACCAAGCCACAACUGUGGGACGACUUGCUAAACCCAAUUUGAGUAGUUCACUAGAGGCUGUGGAGGACGAAGAAGAGUACGAUGAGGAGGAUUUGCGAGACACUGGCUAUCGCAAGGACUAUGGUCCAACAGUGGCAGGCGAUGGCAAUGAACAGCAGCAGCAGCUGGAGCAGCAGACGAAAGGCAAGCGAUCCGAGUGGGUCAAUGAGGAUUUUGAGCUGCCAACCACUGAGGAACUGUUCAGUGACUUGGGCAUUUGGUGGUAGAUCAACUCACACACACAUACACCCAUACGCACAGUUGUUAAUGUGAAAUACAAGUACCAUACUCUAUGUGCAAAA